AUGAUUGAUUCAGUUGAUUUUCAUUUACAAUUAAAGCAAUCUCAGUUUCGAACACCAACUGAGGUGCUGAGAAAGAAUUUCAAAAGCAUACAAAAACUGGUGGAAUCACAGAAAAGCUAUUAUAUAUCCCAGAUAAAGCUGAUUGAGAACACUCGAAAUAAACAGGAGAAACUCAAUCUUAUCGACUCGACUAUUCAACAGCAAGAGAUAUUCAAUGGAGAGAUUGAGAGAAGGGUCAAAGAGCAUAACAAAUAUAUUACAAAGCUGAAACUGAGAGUACAAAAACUAAAACAAUUUCAGACGAUAUACGAUGGCCGCAGAAGAGACCGCUCCGACGAAGAAACACUUACCAAAUAUGCAGCACUCUACAAAGAGGAAAUAAACCUUUUACUGAUCGACUUCCUUCUCAAAAGCUCUUAUAUGGACCCACUACAUUCCGAUGAAUACAACUCGGGUGUUAUCUUAGCUAAAAAACUGGGGCUAGAUAAUUUGAUUGACUAUGAUGUGAUAUUACAAGGUCUUGCAAUUUACAAGGAGAUUAAGUAUCACAAGAAUCUGAAGAUUUUGAUCAAAUGGUGCACAGAAAACAAAAAGAAUCUAAAGUCAAUCCAGGAGGAAAACGAUCCAAAUUCUUCUUUAAAGUUUGAAACUUAUUUUCAAAGUUUUAUUGAAAACGUCAAGCUAGGAGAGCUUACCAAGGCUCUCGAGAUUGCCAGCGAAUAUUUGGUGGAUUUCUUGGACACGAAUGUGGACGACAACUUAUACAAAAUUGCUUCAGGUGCGGCAUUACUUUGCUGGAACCGAACUUACUUAAACGAUCCUAACCAACUACAUCACAAUCGUCAACAUGAUAAGACCUCUUCGUUUUACGACCAGAGUAUGAAUCUGGUGAGCCAAAUUGAAGGAAAUGUCUCACCGUUAAAAGAGCUUUUGGAAGAAAGUAAAUGGUCCAAGCUAGCUGAUUUUUUCCUUUUCAACUUCAAUUCCAUAUAUGGAAUAAGCCAAAAACCAGACCUGCUUUUGCUUCUAAGUGUGGGAUCGACUGCCCUUAAGACAAGGUCUUGUAUGCGCUCAUCGACCCUGAGUCAAGCACGUACAGGUGACAUCAGCUUCGACGAUUACUUGAUCGACCAGAGGAGCAAAGAUGGAAGAGUUGCGAUACAUAAUGAAUGCCCGAUAUGCUCACCCGAUCUAUAUGAACUCACUCAUGAUAUCCCCUUCUCUCAUCAGGUUAAAUCAAAUAUUUAUGACAAUCCAGUGAUGCUUCCUAAUGGUAAUAUAUACCAAUAUGAUAAGUUGAGUUCCAAAUCUUACAAGAUUAGUGGGGAGAACUUUGAUCAAUCGAAGCUCAUGCCAGCUCAACUUUCCAAAGAGUUGAACGACUCUUUUGGAGUUCUCAGUAAGGACAGGUUUACUGGUCUGUUGGACAACUAUGAAAUUUUGGACCCUUUGACAGGAGAGGUUUUCAAAAGGGAACAAAUCACAAAAGUAUUUCCAACAUAA